UUUUAUAUAACAAUUUAGUGAUUUUUAAGUCGGUAUGGCAAAAUCUGCAAAAAACGGAGUUUUUAUCUUAGAAAAAUCUUUACAAAAUUUUUCACCAAAUCACCAUCAGCAUAAAAAAUCACCAGAUCUAGUAAAAUUUCGACAGAGUCUGCCAGCACUGUUGAUAUUGAGGUUAUGAGCGAUUUGUGUUUUCACAAUUUUCGCAUUGUCAUUUGAACUAAACAUUUCACCAAAAGUGCACGAAAAUGGCUUUAGCCGAGCUUUGCGGAAUGUCUGAUUUCGACACCUUCAGACGCGAAGCCCCAUUCGAGAACGAAAUAGUUAAAAUGAGCAACAAUUUCGCACACAACACCCUGCUGAGUGUGCCCCCAUAUUCCAACCCGGCCGAGAACCUGGCCCAUUUCUCCAAAGACGAGUCAGGCCGUGACAUAAAAAUCAAGUUCGAUCACGGCACCACAACUCUGGGGUUCAUGUACAAAGGGGGCGUAGUCCUCGCCGUUGACUCUCGCGCCACCGGUGGCCAGUUUAUCGGUUCCCAAACUAUGAAGAAAAUCGUCGAAAUCAACGAUUUCCUCUUGGGGACUCUGGCCGGGGGCGCCGCCGAUUGUGUCUAUUGGGACCGCGUCCUGGCGAAGCAGUGUCGUAUGUACGAAUUGCGAAACAGGGAGCGAAUUUCGGUGGCAGCGGCCUCGAAAUUGAUGGCCAACAUGGUGUAUAAUUACAAGGGGAUGGGGCUGUCCAUGGGUAUGAUGCUAGCAGGAUGGGACAAAAGGGGGCCCCAGUUGUAUUACGUGGACUCUGAAGGGACAAGAACCCCUGGAAAAGUGUUCAGUGUUGGCUCAGGCUCUAUUUACGCUUUCGGUGUCUUGGAUUCUGGGUACAAAUGGGAUUUGACUGAUGAGGAGGCCUAUGAUUUGGGGCGUCGUUCGAUUUACCAUGCCACCCAUCGGGAUGCUUACUCUGGGGGUAUUGUCCGUGUGUACCAUAUGAAGCCCACUGGGUGGGUACUUAUCGACAAUAACGACUGUAUGGACUUGCACUACAAGUACCAAGAUGAGAAAUUAAAAGAAAUAAAUAAGGUUUAGGUUUGUAAUAAUAACGAAUUGUUAUUAAAUUUUUUAACAUA